AUGAACAGUUUGAAACAAAGCAGAUUGGUGCCUAUGUCGCGCAAGUAUAAAAAGUAUCUCAAUCUGAAAAGAGAGGUAAAAAAGCGAGUUGCAGAGGAUAAAAGGUCUCUUUAUUUAAAUGGAGGAGGAUCACCAUUAAAGAAACUGUUAACUGAGUUUUAUGUAAAACUUUUGACUGUGUUGCGUGGGAAGCAAGUUAGUGGCAUGCAGAGGGUGUAUGACAAUGAUGUAAUUGCCGCAAAUAUUGAUGAGUCCGUGAUAUUGGAGGAAGAUACAUUAGAAAGCAUAGUGGAUUUCGAAAACACGACUGAAAUGGAAAAUUAUAAAGGAAUAAAUGAAUCCGCCAACGUUACAUUAAACGUUGAAUCAAACCAGCUUUGGAACAAAUAUGAUCCCAGCAAGUUGAAAACAGCAAAAUAUUCAAAACUAAAAUUUGAAGAAAAACCACAAAGAUCUGCGAAAAAUGCUUGGGCAAAGUUAGCAGAUAUGAAAGCAAAAUGGACGGAAGAAAAAUAUGAAGCGGAUAUAAAAAUAAUAUAUGCGGAGCGCGAACAAAGAAUGAAGUUAUUAGAAGAAAAUAACAACCUAUCAACGAAGUUGAUGAAAGAAAAACAUGAUUUGGAAAUGAAAAUUUUAGCAGUAGAUUUGGAAAGAAAGAAAAAGGAUCUGGAAGGGUGA